AUGGCUGAACCUGGAUUUUUGAAAAGUGGGGUUUCCAUGAGCCACCAGGAGCAUGAAAUUGGGUCAGCCUUGCUGCUUCACCACACUACCCAAGGCAUCUAUGACACACAAAAGGUAAAGAAUCUCUGCUCCACAGGCAGCACGGCAGGGCUCCCCAUCUCCAAACCUGACUUGAUCUGUAUGCUGGAACGAGAAGAAGAACCCUGGAGCCUGGAUCCACCAGGAGCUGAAGAAAGAAGCUUCCGAGGAGAUUGCCAAGACAGGACUGAGAACAAGGAGUUGAUAUUAAAGCAGAAAAUUUCUGAAGGAGUUGACUCAAAGACAGGAAUAUUCGAAAUACUUUUAGGUGAUGUUCCUCAGAAUUUAGAACUUGAAGCAUCAUGUGAACUUGAAGAUCAUUUAGAGAAGCAAGUGGAAAAUCUAGUAGGAGAGAGAGAAGACCCUUUCCUGCUCCAGCAGAGAAGUUCAAAACAAAUGAUAGUUUCCUACCAGGAAACUUCAAGAGAAGACAGUGACCGGGUAGUGACAUAUCGUAGGUCUCCUACAGGAGAGAGACCUUACAAAUGUGAUGCAUGUGGCCAAGGCUUCAAGCGCAGCUCUGACCUUAUUAAACACGAGAAAAUGCAUAGUGGAGAAAAGCCCUAUGAAUGUAAGGAAUGUGGGAAAGCUUUCAGUUGGAGUUCAGCCCUUAUUCAGCAUCAGAGGAUUCACACUGGAGAGAAACCCUAUGAAUGUAAGGAAUGUGGAAAAGCUUUUGGGUGGAGCUCAGAGCUUAUUAGGCACCAGAGAAUUCACACUGGAGAGAGGCCCUAUGAGUGUAGUGAAUGUGGGAAGGCUUUUGUGAGAAGCUCAGCUCUUAUUCAGCAUCAGCGGAUACAUACUGGUGAGAAGCCCUAUGAAUGUAAUGUUUGUGGGAAAACCUUCCGUCACAGGCCAACACUUGUUUACCAUCAGGGAAUUCAUACUGGGGAGAAACCCUAUGGAUGCAGUGUAUGUGGGAAAGCCUUUACCCAGAGCACAACCCUUAUUGAACAUAGAAGAAUUCACACUGGAGAGAAGCCCUAUGAAUGUAAUGAGUGUGGAAAAGCCUUCAGUCGGAACUCAGCUCUUCUUCAACAUCAGCUAAUUCAUACUGGAGAGAAACCUCAUAAGUGUAAUGACUGUGGAAAAGCUUUCCGUCACAGGGUGCUUAGCAUGAGGUUCUUGGCUCCUUCAGCUUUUGAAGCCUCAGAGACAACAGAACUCCUGCCUUCCAGCCUCUUCUUGCAGACGUCCCAGCUCCUGGCCACGGAUGCUCCUUUCUCAGCAGCUUUGCCUGCCCAGGUAGAAAAUACAGCCACCGCCUCAGUCACCUCCCAAGACCUCACGAUCUUUGGAAACUCAGAAAAUCUCCUGUACUCGUCCAGCUCAAGAUUGCUGCUCAGUUACCUAUUUGGGAUCUGUGAACCUAGGAGCUGCUCCCAUGUUGCCACUGAUUACCUCGUGUCAGCUACCAUGACAGGAGGCAGCUCCGGCUCUGGGGGAGUGUUUGAGUGGGCGCCGGGAAAAAGGAGGGGCUUCACUCAGCAGUUGGGGAGGGGGGGCCGCCUGGCAGGGCCUCGGUACCCGCCACCAAUAGGAGCAGGAGUUCCAGGAGCCAGGCCGCCCACGUGCGGGGAGCCCGGCUGUAUAAAGCCGGGAGCUGCGGCAAGCGGCGGCGAGAGCCGGAUCUGCCAGCUACCAGCAGCCCCUAUCACCUGUGGAGCCCCGAGCCUGGCGCGCACUCGCGGAUCUCUGCAGACCACCCUGAUUUCCUGCUCUUUCCGGAAUUUCUUCAAGGAGCCCAGAAGAGAAGGGGUUUUGCUUUGCCAAGAAGACGAUUAA